UGUACGCUUUACUGGCCUAGUAUUAUGCGUAUUUGUACCCGUUGGAGUCUGGGUAUUGUAGUUGUCUGACUAUCCAAUUGCUCUGAUGUGAAGGGAAUGGUGAGAACACUCUGACUACAGCUACCAGGGGACAACAAGCACAAUACUUAAACCACUAAUGCAAACUGUUAUUUCUUUGAUAAUUUCGUUAUAGACAAUGUCGCACGAUCGCUUUGUUUUUCUUUUGUUUCUUUGUUUGAUGCUCUAAUUUUUAAGGUUGUGUGGUUGAUUUAUCAGAGAUGGGAUUGCAGCAUUUUGAUACAGCUUCCCUAUGCCCGGCAAAUAUUUUCACCCUAAUUUUGGACAAGAACCAACUGACUAAAUUGGAAAAUGUGGAAAAAUGCAGCGACUUAGUGCAAUUAUCUGCAGCUAACAAUCGUCUAGUCCGGAUGAUUGGUGUAGCAAAGCUUGUCAAUUUGCGAGUUUUAAAUUUGCCUAAUAACAGCAUUGGAACUAUUGAAGGUCUCAAGGACUUGAUCCAUCUAGAAUGGCUUAACUUAGCAGGGAACAACAUCAAGACUGUGGAUGCUGUGAAUAGCUGUUUAUGUCUUCGGCAUUUGGACUUAUCAGACAACAACAUUUCCCUGAUUGGUGACCUAUCAAAACUACUGUCUCUGAAGGUUUUACUUUUGCAUGGAAAUACUAUCACUACACUCCGUUCUACUUCCAAUCACCUUCCUCCAGAGUUAAACAUUCUAUCCCUUGCAGAGAAUGAAAUAAGAGAUCUGAAUGAGGUUUCCUACCUGGGGUUCCUUCAUGAACUGGAGCAGCUGUCAAUCAUGAAUAACCCUUGUGUCAUGGCAACACCUUCCCUUCCUGGAUUUGACUACAGACCUUAUAUUGUCAGUUGGUGUUUAACCCUACGGAUUUUAGAUGGUUAUGUGAUCUCACAGAAAGAAAGCCUCAAAGCAGAGUGGCUAUACAGUCAAGGGAAAGGUCGAUCAUUUCGACCAGGCCAACAUGUGCAGCUGGUCCAAUAUUUGGCUUCAGUUUGUCCUCUCACAUCAACUCCAGCACUGCAAUCUGCAGAGGAUGCUAAACUUGAAAAAAUUCUAAAUAAGCAGAGGCUUCACCAAUUAGAAUUGAUGGAAAAGUUCCAGAACAACAACCAUAUUCCAUGUUCAAGUCCCAAUUUGGAGCUGUCAUUGUCAAGCGAAUACAGCAGUCCAACACAAAGUCACACUGUCUGUAACAUGAAAGAACCUGUAAUUCGCAUUAACUCAUGGGUUGCAGUGGGUGGCCAUGGACAGCAGCACAAAGCAAUUAAGCAAUUCUUACCGAUUCCUGGAGAGGCUUCAAGAUGCUGUCAUGGUGAGCUCUUCUUGGAGGAUAUACAGACUGAUGAAGAUAAAUUGAACAGCAGUCUUCUGUCUUCUGAAUCCACGUUUAUGCCUGUGACUACUGCAAUGUCGCCUCUUUCACCUUCCCAUGAUUUGACGCUUCCUACAGAUGGUCUUACUCCCAGUGAUACCUCAGCACCACUGCAUUUGGAAACUGGAGUUGACCACGAAAAUAAUGAUGACCAAAAAUAUCUGAAGGCAGCAAGGACAGCAGAAGAUCAUGAACCAUGGGCGGGAAAUUCUUGUGAGAGAAGCAAAGUAGAGAGUGGCAAGAUUUUGCAUGCAUCCAGUCCAAUGCAAUCUUCUGUGACCUUCACUUUAAGUGAAAGCGAAAACCCAAUGUCAGUUGAAUUAACAAAGGAGCACUGUUUUCCAGACAACAAGUUGUCAAGUCAGGUGCAAGUGGAAACCAUGCAGGAGAUGAUGGAAGAAGACACAAAGCCAAAUAAGUCUGAUAUGUCUAAAGCAACUGAGGCAACCCCAGAAUAUAUGAAUAAAGCAGCUGUAAGGAUUCAAGCAUGCUGGCGUGGAUUCUACACGAGGAACUGGAAUCCACAAGCAAAGGAAAUACGUUGUGAAAUCCGGCUACGUAGGAUGCAAGAACAUGUGGAAUACUUAACUGAAGAAGUAUUCAGAUGGCGGAAAGAGUGUGAACAAGAGCGUAUUCAAAGAAUGGUACAAGAAGAAGCUGUAAAGUUCUUAUGGAACGAGGUUCGGAGCCUCCAGGAGUGGCGAUUAUCAAUGAUCCAGAAACAUAAUGAAGUUCUACACCCUGACACAAAGGACCCCAUUCUUCUGCAGCCUAACUUUGUUCAUCCUCCUAUAUGCACACCCUUGAAUAACCAUAAAAGCCUUUCGUCCAGAAAAAGUACUGGCUUGGAGAUCUCAGUGCAAGAAUUUCCUGACUCAGGAUUUCAGUCUUCAGACAUCACCCACAAUUGUCUUCAAGAUUCUCUGAAUUCUUGUCAGAGUUCCUCAGAUGGGAGCACAAGCACAGUUUUAGAAGCCGACUCUGAAUUUAAAAAAAUAGACAAUGAAUGUUUAAUGAAUGGUCCUGCAGAGCCAACCCGCCGAGAUUCCAUAGACACAAAAUGGAAUCAGGAGAACUCCCACGGUGAGCAGGACAGCAGCCUUAUACAGCAGUAUCUCAAUUCUGUAAGGCAGCUGGAGGCUGCUGAAGAGGAAUCAAAUUGUAGUGGGAGAACAGAAUGCAGUAGUGAGAAUGAUCAUGAUUCCCUUUGUGGUGCCUCGGUUGAAAUGUCUGAAGAUGACUGCACUGAAGUUCCAGAUUCCCUCUGCCCAGCAGAGGAAUGCGUCAGUGAUGGACAAGAUAAAGACCAUGAGCGAAUCUCUAAGCAUGAUCAAUUGAUAUAAAUAACUUAAUCCAUGACCAUUUUACAGUAAUGCUAAUAAGCCCUUAUUUAAGUGAAAGCAAUACUAAGAAGGUCUAAAUUGGUCUAAGGUGCUGGAAAAAUAUUGGAUUCAAUACCUGUUCUUCCAAAGAAAUUAUGCGAGUAAAACGUAAUUAUGCUAAUUAAUGUGUUAAUUUAUUUAAUUUCUCCCAUCAGCAUUUCAACUAGGAUUGAAUUGCAUACUGUGUACAGUUCCAGUUAUUCUCCGAUUGUAAUUCUGAUGAGGAUGUUAUAGUUUGGUCCAGUUAUCCAUGACACUUGGUUCAAAGUGUGAAUAAGUAGGUCUACAUCUUCCUUUCAGCAUGAUGGUAUGACUGAGAUAAUUAAAUUUCUGCAUCUUAUUUGGAAAGUGUGAAAUUUUGUGUUCAAUGGCAAAAAUCUGAAGCUGUUAUCAAGAAAGCUUUCUAAUUUUUAUGUGUAGUGUGGAUUAGGGUGAUAAUUUGAUCUUAAAUGUGCAGGUCUAUUUGUUAUCAACCUUUAUUUAAAUUUAAGACUGAAGGAGGUGUUUCUUGUGUCCCUUAAUUUAAUUUUUAUUUUGUAAGCAAAAAUGAAAUGACAAAUGUAUAUGGUAAUAUCAGGACUAAAUUGAUAAAUGUAUUAUUAUCUGUCUCCUUGCUGUUUAUUUAAGGUUAUGGAAAAUAACUGAACACUAAAGUGCAUGUAAGUUUGCUCAGAAAAAUAUAGAUUUUACAAUAGCAAUUUAAAAAAAACAAAAUCCAGACUAUUCUCAAUGUUUGAUUUUAUGUUUUUUUUCUGAUUACCUAUUUUCAGUGGCAAUUCUUACUGUCAAAUGUGCAAAAUAAAUAAUUUUUAACCCUUCCAUUUUCUUGCUACUAAAUGAAACAGAUCUAAUCAGGAAAUUAAGCAACCUUAAUCAAUACUAAUAUUGACAAUAUCGUUGUGAGUUAACGAUAUAAUGAAGGAGAAAGUUACUAACUGUACAAGGACGGGGAAGAUGUUAAGUGAAUCCUCCAAAUUUAUAAAGUGUAUAACACCAUGGAAUGUGCAAAGGUUACUUAUAAGCUAGGAAUCACGAAGUAUUCCUAAUCUUCCAUGUGAAAGUACUGUGGUGCUUUUAUAGGUCUAACCCGAAGAGGAUUGCAUCCAAGUCAAGAUAAAAUAAGAAGCACAACAUUCUGGAUUGUACAAAAGUGAAAAUGCAAACUCUUUCUCCUCACCUACUUAAUAUAACGAUGUGAUCAUUGAAUUCUGAAAGUUCUUUAUCUCAAGUUGGCGUUUUUGUAACAUUAUUAAAAUUACCAUUUUUUUCCCUUUUCAAAAUUUGCAUAAACUAUAAUACCUUGUAUACAAUAGUGUUUUCUUUUGUGCAUUAAAUAAUCAUUCCAAAUGGUUUGCUUCAUUGAUCAAAUUAUCAUUGAUCCUGUAAGUUAUCGAAUUUUAGAUGUAUAGUAAUAAAUCUUCAUCCUGUUAGGCAAUGUAAUGUUUUGCGUAUAUCUUUCUGUUUCUUUCUGACACUAUGUGAACUGGUAACUGAUCUUUGUUCAAAUGUUAAUGCUUUCUAAUUACUGUCUGCUGGAAUUAUAUGAUCUAGUCUAAAUACAGUAGAACCUGUACAAACUUUAAAGUAUUAAAACACUUAUGAAUUUUACAGAUUAAUUUUUGAUCAUACAUUGGCUCCAGAAAUAGACCACACCCAGAUGUCAGACUCACAGCAUGUGGUUUUAAUCUGCCAGGUGUGGAAGGCCUUCUUGUCAGUAAUGUCUCAGAUGCCACUAGUAUAGCCUGACCCAUAGUAGAGUAUCCAAAUGUGCUUGAUGAAGUCUUGAUGGUCAGUAAUCACCCACCCUCUAAAUCACACUAAAUAACCACUGACUAUUUGAAUUGCUUCCAAAACUAAUGACAUUUCAGACAGCUUUUAAGAGUCUUAUGUUCUUUUAAAAAAAGCAAGUUUCCUACUAAACAGCUUCAAACUAAAUUGAAAUAUUCUAAAAGAAUGAACAUACCUUUUCCUUGUGAUUUUUAAAAAAAUCCAAAAUCCUACAAUUCUAAUUGAAGUCAGUGCUCCAACAAUGCAUUCAAAGUUGGAAAUUUCCCAGUGAAAUUUCUCCAUGAAACUACCAACAUUUGGCAGCAAGGCCAUAUCCCUGACUUUUGUUAACUACUUAAAGAAAUCUCUGCUAUUCCUGCAUCUUCAGGUAGCAGAUGUGGUAAUAAUGAAAAAUAAUGUAAAUGCUGAAGUACUGAAAAUAAAACUAAAUUCAUGUAAACAAUACAAGAAACAGAAAUGUACAUUUGGUUUGAAUAGAUAUGUGUGUUUCAUCAGAAUUGCCUAGAAGCCAUUACAUUCCAUUAAAUUGGUGCCUUCUAUAUGAUGCAUAUUUUUCCCCAAAUGUAAUAGUUUUUCAUCAAAUUCCAGUGAGAUGAUUUGUCAAAAUUUAAUUUCCUUUCUGUUUUAAAAUAGUUUUUCAGACUGAUAGAUUCUUUCUGAUCUCUUUAAGGCAACAAUUUGACCCUCAUCCUAAAUAAUCUCUUCAGUGGAUGAUGUUUUGUGCCCAAGUACAUUUUUUCUUCUUUCUGAAAUGACUAGUUAAUACAAUUCCUUCAGGAUUUCAAUUUGAAAAUCCUGAAGAGUUUUAAUUAAAGAUGAGCAGUUUUCUUAUUGGGGUCUUGGAUACACUUUUAUCUUCAGCAAUUUCAAUGCAGAUUCCAGCAAUCUGCUCAAUCAUUUUCAUAAUUUUCAGCAAUUAAAAUAAUAAAUUUGAAAUAUAAUUUGUAAUUCUGUUUCUAUAUGGCUAUAUCAAAUUGAUCUGGUAAUGCUUAAGUAAUUUAUCAGCAAAUAUAUAAUUAGGUAUUCUCUCAAACUCCAAGAUGGAUAGUUCAGCUUAACUGCUGGUUGCAGCUCUGGGUGCCACCGAGGGUGAAAAGAGAGAGAUGGCUCCUCGGUUGAUAUUUCAUUGAGAUUUUGUGAUUUGUCUACCAUCAGUCCCAUGUUGUUCCAAUAACUAUGAUGGGGAAUAAGUUAUUUCAUGUUGUUUGAAACUAGUGCAUUUGAAAUCUCAGAUGUUUGUGGUCUCCCUUUCUGUGAAGAUUGAUGCAAAGCAUUGAUCUAACAUAUUCUCCAUUGCAUUGUUUCUAUUUUAUUCCCCAGUCUUGCUCUCCAGGGGACCUACAUUUACCAUAACUGUCCUCUUCCUUUCAACACGUCAAUAAAGGCCCUUGCUGUUUGUUUUGAUGUUAGUUGCCUGCUUUCUCUCAUUAUCAAUAUUCUCCUUCCUUAUCAACUUUUUAGUCUCCUGCUGCUGACUCUUUAAAAAUUUACAGUCCUCUGGUCCACCACCAGACCUAUUUUAUGUGUUCUAGUCCUUCAUUUAAUACUUUCCUAACCUCAUUUGUUUUUCAUGGAUGGUUCAUCUUUCUCCUGGGAUCCCUCUUUGUCAUUGGAAUAAAUUUCUGUUGAGUGAUGAAUUAGCUGUUUAAAUAACUGCCUCUGUCCACCAUUGACCCCUUCCCUGGUCUAACAAGUUCACUCUGAGCUAUUCUAGGCCCUCUACUCCUUUCGUUAGGGAAACUAACUAUUCAGAUCGGAAUAAUAAAUGGGAUCAAAUCCAUUUUAUUUGCAAGAUAUAUCACGUGGAGUCUGCCUCACAAUCAGGGCAUCCUGGACUCCAAAUAAGUAGUGGAAAGUUCCUUUUAUAGAGUACAUAAACUGAGUGUAAACCACAGAGAAAAACAAGCAAAUAGUUACAGCUGUAGUACAAGGUAUUUUUAAUCAUAGAACAGACAGUAAUUAAGUUAUAUGAAUGUAUGUUCCUCUUUUCUGCACUUUGGAUUGCAUCUUGAUUGCAAAGUACUGUCUGUUGUAAGCCUGAGCUUAGGACAAAAGUUUGUUCGGCUACAAAGUUCAAAUAGAAAAUUUUGGACAAACAGGUGGCGAUGAGUCAGCUUAUCGGAGUAGGAUAGAACACUUAGUUGAAUGGAGCUGCAACAACAGAUUCUCACUUGAAGUCAGCAAAACUAAAGAGUUGACUGUCGGCUUCAGAAAAUGGAAAGAGGACAAAUAUGUGCCAGUCAUCAUUGGGGGAUUAAUGGCGGAGAGGGUCAGCAGCUUUAAAUUCCUGAGCAUUUAAGAUAGUGGAUGUCCUGGGCCCAGCACGUAAUUCCAACCAUUAAAAAAAUGUUAGUGUCUAUACUUUUUAGGAAGUUAAGGAAGUUUGGGUUGUUGUUGAACAUGUUAACAAAUUUCUAUAGAUGCUUUGUAAGAAAUAUCCUCAUUGAGGGCAUCAUGGUCUGAUACAGCAAAUCAAAUGUGCAGGAACACAAGUAGCUGCAGAAUGUAGUGGAUCCACCAAGUGCAUCACAGGCACAUCACAGCAUUGGUGGUAUCCGCAGGAGACACUGUCUCAGCAAGGUAACUUAUAUCAUCAAAGAUCACAUCCCCACCUCCAUCCAGGCAUGCCGUCUUCUUCCAGCUAUCAUCAGGCAGGAAGGUCAAACGCCUGAAGUCCCAACCACCAUGUUCAAGUACAGCUACUUCCUUUCAACCAUUCACUUCUUGAACUGACUGACAUAAUCCUAAUCACUGCAGUUUAACAGAGCUAUGACCACUAGAACUAAAAUGGACUUCAUUUGUUUUGUUCCAAUUGCAUUGUUAAUAUAAAAUUUGUGUCUAAUUUCUGUUCUAGUAUGCUUUUCUUGUGAUCACUGCUGAUAUGAUACGUGCCAGUGACACUGCUGUAAGUUUUUCAUUGUACCUGUGCAUAUUUGUACUUGAGUAUAUGACAAUAAACUCAACUUUGA